CGCACACACCAAAUAUGCUCAGAAUGACACGGACCAGCACAGUGUUUGGCAUUUUACUCUUUUUUCUUCUUCACACCACUUCUGGAGAAAGUGGUUCUACCUCAGAAGAUGAGUCUGAUGAUGAAUUAGAGAACAUUGAUGUUGAGUGUUUCAGCCAGCUGGAAAUUAAGGAAGACUGUCACUCCCUAACAUGCAACUUUACGGAGUUGGACCUUAACAAUACUAACAUUAACCUUACAAUAUGCAGCACCAUCAUUGAAAAUCGUAUAUGUUCGACUAUGGAGAAACAGGAAGGCACAUAUUUUUUAUAUUUCUACGGAAUCCUCUCGCCUAAGGAUGUUUGUGUGGUCCUUGAGUCAAACAGACCGUACUGCAGGAGUGUGGAAGUAACCCAUAUUGUUAAGCCUGAGACUCCAUUUGGCAUAAAUAUCACAUUCCGAAAGGAUGCAAACGAGUAUUUUAUUCAAUACACAACACCGCAUUCAAAGAAGAAAUAUCUAAAGGACAAAUUAAUACAUGAACUAGCCUAUCGGCAGGAAAACGGGACUUGGGAAACAAUACAGUCUCAAUAUCUUCGGGUAAAAUUACUGGGCAAAAGCCUUCAGAUGGGUGCAAGUUAUGAAGUGAAAGUGCGAUCAAAGCCCAAUGGAAAGUAUUUCAAGGGUAUCUGGAGUGAAUGGAGCUCCUCCGAAUACUUCCAAAUUGCAGCGGAACACCCCAUAAAGAAAAGCACUGACAUGGUUGUGGUUAUAACUACUGUGGGCUUCAUUUUGCUCUUUGUCACACUUGUUCUGAUCCUAACGUUUUGGAAAACCAGAAUCAAGCCAGUUUUGUGGCCAAAACUUCCGGAUCAUAAAAAAACUUUGGAGCAAUUGUGCAAGAAGCCAAAAAAGAAUUUUGAUAUAAGCUUUAACCCGGAAAGUUUUGGGUAUGUUCAUAUUCAUAAAGUGGAUGGCAUUCAAGCCAAAGCAGAAGUGGAAUGUUUCCUACAGCCAUCGGCUCCUCUAGAUGCAGAUGUUUCAGAAAAAGUUUGCAAUGGAUCAGAUAUGAAGACGCGCCUCUCUGCUGUAGACAAAAGCAUCCUAAAGCUUCCUGUGACUUAUGGAGGAAUUUGGCCAUCUGACACGUUGAGUGGGCACUUAUGUGAGACUCACCCUUCCAUAUUAAAUGAAUCCAGCAAUGGCAUUCCAUAUAAAGUGUGCAGUAGCAAUGGUACACAACUAUAUAAUUGUGGUCCUAUGACCCAUUCCAGCUCUUCAGAGGACCCCACUGUUCAGCCCAGAUCAGGACCCCUAAAUACCAACACAGUGUCCCUAAUACAGCCCAAUAAUGGAGUUAGGUCAUCAAAUAAAGACGAAGCAUAUGUCACAAUGUCCAGCUUUUGCAAAAAUCAGUAA